AUGGUUGAUAUUGAUGAUACCGAUGAAACUACUGACCUAAGUUUUAUGGGUGACGAAAAUACUGAACCAGGAUAUAUGGGGGAUGAAAAUAUUGACAUAGGAGGAGUGGGUGAUGAAAGUACUGACCCAUACUGUAUGGGUUGUAAAACACAAAUUGAGGAAGGAAAUGUCGUUUCUUUCGGGGACGGCAUAUGGCACGUUCAUUGUUUUCGAUGUGCUAAAUGUCGUGAAUUGGUUGAACAUGAUUCUAAUUUAUUAUUAUUAUCUGAUGGUAAUCCAAUAUGUGAGAAUUGUUCAUACGAUUGUCAUGUAUGUAAAAAACCUAUAAUCGACGAAGCCAUUAUGACAGGUGAUGAUUCUUUUCAUGUAAAUUGCUUUCGCUGUCGACAAUGCAAAUCAAAGAUUGAAAAUUUAGUGUUUGCUAAAACAAAUCAGGGAAUUUAUUGCAUGACUUGUCAUCACGAGAGAGUUAAUAAAGCGAAGCGUGCAAAAGAAAACAACUCUCUUUAUCCGAUGGUAAUAGAAAAAUCCUUGCCUUCCUUACCUGUCGAAGCUGAUCAAAAAAAUCGUAGACUUGAACCUCCUAAUCACAGCAUUUAUCCAAAAAGAUCUUUCGAACGUAAUGUUUCAGCUUCUACAUUGACAAAAACUUCAUUGGAUAAUCUGGAUAAUAUACAAAGAGCUCAUACUCUUCCCUUUUCUGCUGAUACUACUAUUAAUCGUCGUCAUUCUAGACUAUUUGAUGCAUCAUCCUCAAUUAGUGAAGUGUUUAAACAAAAAGUAUCAUCUCCUGCAUCAAAAGCACUUGAACAACUUACUAAAUCUAACGGGCAUAAUAAAUCCGAAUAUAUUAAUGAUAAAGUAAAAAUACAUGGCGAAUCAUCAGAACUUUCAAAGAGAGCUGGUUUUUUUUCUAAAAAAAAUGAUUCAAUGGAUAAUUUAUCUAAAGCGUUGGCUAAAAAUCGUGGUGACAUUAUUGAAAAUCAUUCUAGAAAUGCUUCAAUCACAAGUUCACGAAGUGAACCUUAUGAUGGUUCCGGACGAACUUUUUCACUUUCAAGUCAACGUAGUGACAUGAGUGAUCUAUCGUCAAGACAGUCACCCACACCUCCAAAUUCUCAAGAAAGGGACAAUUUAAAUUCAAAUCAGAAACCUUCUUCCCCACCUCGAAAAUUGAAAUUACAAAAUCAAUCUUUACCUCAUAUUGAAGAAUACGUUACGAACCCAUCAAACCCCACCGAAUAUGUAUCUAAUUCCCAGACACCCCGAUCAAAUUCGCCUACAACUUCCUAUUCAAAUUCUCCAACUAGUCCCAAAUUUCCUUCUUUAGUUCCUAGUAUUGAACCAACUCCUCGUAAAGAUAGUUAUCAUAAUGGAUUGGAAGUAGGACCACCGGUAUUGCCUCCAUUAUCUUUUUUCAAUGGGGAAGAAGAUCCUGACUUGACUCAUUUGGUGCCCAGUGGGAAAUCGAAUAAAGAUAUUCGAAAAAUUAAGCGCAAAUCAUUUAUUGGUAAAUUGUCAAAUGGAUAUUCAACGCCAGAUUUUUUUGUGGAUAACUCUUCUUUAUCACCCGAAAGAAAGAACAGUGAAUCCUCUUUAGCAUCUUUGUCUAGUCCGGAAAAUGAUAUAAUCAUAAUCGAACCAGAUGAUUCUUCAUCAGAACAGUUAGAAAAUACCAAAAAGGAGGCAGAGAUAAAUUAUAAAAAGACAAAGAGAUCCAGUCAGAAGACAUUUGUUGAGUUUAGCGUAUCUAAAGAAGAAUUUGAUAAUGAAGUCUCAUUACGUCAAAAGGCCGAAGCCACUGUUGAAGAACUAAGGGCUCAAAUUGAGCUUCAAAAUCAAGAUAAAGAACGCAUUGAACAAAUGUUAAAAGAUUCUCAAUCAGCAAAACAGCAAUUACAAGAAUUACAAAAUAAUUUAAAAGAAAUGAGUUUACAGAAAGAAAUGAUGAUUAGCGAAAUCGAAUUGUUAGCAAGAGAAAAACAAGCUGGUCUUGCAGGAGAUAUUUCUAGCUCUUUUGCUAAACAUCUAUCAUCGCAGUUUGACGAAGUUAAACAGAAUUAUUUUUUGGAAAUCAGGUCACUUAAAGAAGAAUUAGAAACCUUAGAACAAGAAACGGAACAACUUCGUCGUACUAAAGAACAGUUUACAGAAGAUAAUGCACAAUUGAAUUCAAAGAAUUUAGAACUUCUUGCAAUGAACAAUGAAUUAAUGCGACAAAUUGAAAUAAAUAGUAAAGGCAAAGUUACAAAUGGAUUUCACUUUUUCAAAAAACAAUAUAACAAUGCAUCCCCAGAAAUAACUGUUAUUCAGCAAAAAGGGCAUUCUAAACAGUCAUCAACUGGUAAUUUAGAUCCUGAUUGUGCAGACGGUACAACAAUAUUAUCUUUGCCAAACGUUGCACAUCGAAAUAGUGUUAGUCGAGGUGCAACACCAAAGAAGUUCAAAUGGAAAAAGGGGGGUAAAGUUUUAAAUAAAAUAUUGUCAGCAGGCACUAAUGUUGUAUCAGAUGGAAAGAUUCCUUAUUUGGGGGCAUUCUCCUCAGAAAUCAAUAAGAAAAAUUCUUCACGAUCACAUAAUUGGCAACCAACUUCAUUUUCACGUCCAAUUAAUUGCGAUUGUUGUCACGAAAAAAUGCGAAGUCCUUCUGAAGUUAAAUGUGCAGGAUGUGGAAUUUUAAUUCAUACGAAAUGCUCUCUUUUUUAUACCAAUCCAUGUAACAAUGGCGAAGAUUCAGAUAGCAUAAUUAAUUCAAAUUUUACUUCAAUGUUUGGUAAUGAUCUGACUAAACAGUCUGAAUCAGAGGGUGAUGAUAUUCCUUUCUUGGUACAAAAGUGUAUUUUGGCAGUCGAAGCUCGAGGAAUGGAUCUUGAUGGUAUAUAUCGAAAAUCUGGUGGUGCCUCACAGAUGCGGGGAAUAAUAGCAGCUUUUGAGAACGGUGAAGAUUUCGAUCUUGACAGUCCGGAUCAAUUCAAUGAUAUAUGUGCAGUCACCAGUGUACUCAAACAAUACUUGCGUGAAUUACCGGAUCCUUUGCUGACUUAUGAUUUAUACCCUAAUUUUCUAGGAGCAGUUAGCAUAGAAAAUUUUGAUGAAAAAAUUGAAAGGUUUCGACAACUUUUGCAUUAUUUACCAAGAGUUCACUUUAACACAACGAAGUAUCUAUUGUCACAUUUAGACAGGGUUACAAAACUAGAAUCAGUAAAUCUUAUGAGCCCUAAAAAUCUUUCAGUGGUUUUUGGGCCUACAUUACUUCGAGGACCAAAUGCUAACAUGGAAAUUCUUGAUAUGACCUUUAAAAAUUCUGCGAUCGAAUUUAUUAUCGAGAAUGCUCACGCAUUAAUUCUUAACACAGCUGAUAGAAGUAAGGAUGGAUUUAUAUAG